AUGAAUAGUCUCAUUGUCACGGCAAAAAGGGUGUUUACCGAUGCACGCGCCACUGGCAUAUCAAAUGAAACCAUCAAUGGGAUGAUUGAGAUUUUCGAAAAGAAAAAAGCGCUUGCUGCUGUUGCAGCCGAUAAAAAUGCCGCCUCAACAGGCUUAGAUGUGGGGUCGAUUCGAGAUAUAUUCACACGCAAAAGCAAGGAUUCUUCCACUUGCACUAGAUCCAUUGACGUGCAACUUACAUCUUCAGAUAAAUCUGCUCUUGUAAAUUAUGCGGAAUUUUGCCAUCGUGUAGCAUGCCUGAUGAGCUUUGGAUCCUCGGGCCCAUUGGCCCUGAGAUAUGAUGUGAGGAAAUGGUCCAUUCUUAGAAGCCCAUUUGUCGACAAAACCUCCUUCAAGCAAUAUGAGCGCAGGACUUACAAAAGGCUUGUUAGAGUAUACAAUGCACAUCCCUCACUUCACCAAAAUAAAUGUGUUGCCGAAUUAAAAUUUAUUGAUGACAAACGGAAUCCCAGACACCGUUUUCGAUUGAUAUUUUCUAUAUUGAUCGCCAAAUUCCAUAACCAAUUGGGUCUCUUCGUAUUUAAUCCUGUCGUGGAAAAACUUGCACAAUAUGACAAAAUGAAGGAACAGCGUUAUGAUGUUGGAGAGAAUCAAUUGCUGCCCAAGUGCCCACAGAAGGAACCCGGUAUACGAGGGAUGUCUAAUAAGGCUGAAGAUGUACGAGUAAAGUUACCGAUAGGGACCAUGAGUAACAAGCUUCCUAUGGCUAGAGUCCGCAUUUUUGAUGUCCAUGAUGUUGAUUAUUUCAUGAGAAAACUGCACCCCAGCCUCAAGAAUUGA